AUCCCCUUCCAGGACGAGGGGGGCGAGGAGCAGGAGCCGAGCAGCGACAGCGCCUCGGCGCAGCGCGAUCUGGACGAGGUCAAGUCGUCCCUGGUCAACGAGUCGGAGAAUCAGAGCAGCAGCUCGGACUCGGAGGCGGAGAGGCGCCCGCAGCCCGCCCGGGACGCUUUCCAGAAGCCGCGGGACUAUUUCGCCGAAGUGAGAAGGCCCCAGGACGGCUCGUUCUUUAAGGGACCCGCGUACCCGGGGUACCCCUUCCUGAUGAUCCCGGACCUGAGCAGCCCGUACCUCUCCAACGGCCCCCUGUCUCCCGGAGGAGCGCGCACGUACCUGCAGAUGAAAUGGCCCCUCCUUGAUGUCCCCUCCAGUGCCACAGUCAAAGACACGAGGUCACCAUCUCCAGCACACUUGUCUAACAAAGUUCCCGUUGUCCAGCACGCACAUCACAUGCACCCGUUGACACCCCUCAUCACCUACAGCAACGACCACUUCUCCCCCGGCUCCCCUCCUACACACCUCUCCCCAGAGAUCGAUCCAAAGACAGGAAUCCCUCGGCCCCCUCACCCGUCUGAGCUGUCACCAUAUUACCCACUAUCUCCUGGAGCUGUUGGACAGAUCCCCCAUCCCCUCGGCUGGCUUGUCCCACAGCAAGGACAGCCCAUGUACUCCCUCCCUCCUGGUGGCUUCCGGCACCCUUACCCUGCCCUUGCCAUGAACGCCUCAAUGUCCAGCCUGGUCUCCAGUCGCUUCUCCCCUCACAUGGUGGCUCCUGCCCAUCCCGGCCUGCCCACCUCAGGGAUCCCCCACCCAGCCAUCGUCUCCCCAAUUGUCAAACAGGAGCCAGCACCCCCCAGCCUGAGCCCCGCGGUGAGCGCGAAAUCCCCCGUCACCGUGAAGAAGGAGGAGGAGAAGAAGCCACAUGUGAAGAAGCCUCUGAAUGCCUUCAUGUUGUAUAUGAAGGAGAUGAGGGCCAAGGUGGUGGCUGAGUGCACCCUGAAGGAAAGUGCGGCCAUUAACCAAAUCCUGGGAAGAAAAUGGCACAAUCUGUCUCGAGAAGAGCAGGCCAAAUACUACGAGCUGGCCCGGAAGGAGCGGCAGCUUCAUUCCCAACUCUACCCAACCUGGUCAGCGCGGGACAAUUAUGGUAAGAAAAAGAAGAGGAAGCGAGAGAAGCAACUGUCACAGACACAGUCACAGCAGCAAGUCCAAGAGGCAGAGGGUGCUCUGGCCUCCAAGAGCAAGAAGCCAUGUGUUCAGUACCUGCCCCCUGAGAAGUCUUGUGACAGCCCUGCCUCUUCCCAUGGCAGCAUGCUAGACUCCCCUGCUACCCCCUCUGCCGCCUUAGCCUCACCAGCUGCACCAGCUGCCACUCACUCAGAGCAAGCUCAGCCCCUCUCCCUCACCACCAAGCCAGAGACACGGGCCCAGCUGGCUCUCCACUCAGCUGCCUUCCUGUCAGCUAAGGCUGCAGCCACUUCGUCCAGCCAGAUGGGUAGCCAGCCUCCUCUCCUUUCCCGACCCCUUCCUCUAGGGUCCAUGCCCACCGCUCUGCUCACCUCUCCCCCUUCCUUCCCAGCCACACUCCAUGCCCACCAGGCUCUCCCUGUGCUACAGGCCCAGCCCCUUUCCUUGGUCACCAAGUCUGCCCACUAAGCCGGCCUCCCCCCCAUCCCCCCCGCCCCCGUUCCCCACUCCCAAUCUAUGCAGGCUGUCACAUGACUCAUUGAGUAGUAAUCAUUCAGAAGAAGAAGAAAAAAAAAGGAAACUUUAUUGGUCAAUAUUUGACCACUCUGGACUGUUUUGUAAAGUGACUGGUAACAAACAGUGCUUUACAUUUUGUAGAUGUAACCAGUAGCUGAUCUUCAGGCUUUUUUUUUUAAAUAAAAAAAAACAAAAACAAAAGCAAAAAAAAA